AAGUGGCACAAUGCUAAGUCCAACUCCGACGAUCGAUCGUUCCAACUUGCAUCCUGGCACAGGAUACCUUAUUGCGCCGCGGGUACCCCACGGUCUCGCGACUGUUGUCGAGGGUCUCACGAGGGAGGUCCUACGUCAUCGUCCCGAGGAUAUAUACGUUUUUGCAGCUCACCAUUUUGAAAAGUUACUAAAGUUACGGGAAGAGUACCAUAUCGAAGAGUACAGUAAUCGCGAGUUUAGCCAUGAAUUCAAUCGCGAUUUUAAUCUAUGGCCUACCAAAAAGACUCAAAAUCUCGAAAAACCUUCAAACGACGAUUGGUCUCUGGAGAAGGAGAUCAAAAUCUUCGAGAGACACGAAAAAACAGCCAUUGACACGGAGGAGAGUCAGGAGGAUAUCUCUACUGACAGAGAAAAUCAGAAAGCUUCAAAACAAACAUGCUCAAGAGGACCUGCAACUGCGAAGAAAACUUCAAAGAAGUCGAAGGAUAAUGAGACAACGUCGAACGCUCGCGCAACGAGGAUCAUCUCUCAAAUGACUGCUCUUCACGGUCCUGGCAAAAAUAUCCAAACUAAGGAUAUCAAGCAGGAACUUAGAAAAAACAAACUGAGUGGCGAGAAAUCUAAAGCAACUGAUAGUGUCGAAAAAGGAAUUCGAAGCGAUGGACGAUCCAGGACUAGAGUUACCAAAACAGAUAGAGGUCCUGCAGAGGAGGUCGAAUGUACCACAACAACGACAACGACGAAGAGCUCGAGCAAAACCUCCUCACGAAGACCACUGAAAAAAAUACGUCGAAUUGAAACCGAGUCUGAGACUGAGACAGAACGUGAAAUUAUAGCCAAGGCUGGAUUCGAAGAUGGACACGCAAGAUCGAGCAUUAAGAACGACAAUACGAUUCGCGAGACAAUCAUUCGGACAGCAAGCAGAGAAAGAAAAUCGGAAGUGCCGUUCUCCGAACAUUCCUCUGAGAGGAAAGUAUCAUCGAGAGCACUCAGUAUGGAUCGCAUCAGGGCAUAUGUAUUGCGUAAAUUUGCGAGCACCGCGAGUUUGGAAGUUCUGCGAUCGCCUACAUACGUGGAGCAAGUGCAGGAAGUGAUCGAUCGCGCGGCGCCGAUUAUCAAGGAGAAACUAGAAGAAAUCGGAAGACCAUGGGGAAAACGUUCGAGAUCUGUCGACCUCGCUUGGAACGAGAAAUCGCUUCAUCAGCACGUUCGAGAAGAAAAGAGACAUGGCGAUGAAAAAAAAAGUGGAAGAGGAAAGAGCGGAAAUGGGAUGGAGCGAAAAGCUGAUAUCAUGAAAAAUGAAGAAAUAGAAGAUUCUCUUGGAAAAGAAGAAAUUUCAAUCAUGGAGAAGAAAUCGAGGAGGCGCAGCAUAGGAUCGGGCAAAAAAUCAAAAAGAUGUGAAAGUGGUGACUUCAGGAUCGUCGAUGAAGUCGACGACAACUCGAAGCACAGUAAUAAAUUGGAGCAUGAGUCUAAUGCGACGCACGAUACCUUAGAAGCGAGAUUAACUGCCACUCAGAGUAUCUUGGAAGAUAUCUCAAAAUCAACAUCCGAGUUGGGUGCUCGCAGAAAUGAUCCUGGCGGAAAUGAACCAUCGGAAUCAGAAGUCUCCGAUCACAUCAUUUCUCUGCCUGUCGUAAGACCGCCAUCUUCUAGAAACUCCAAGAGCGCAACCAAAAACGGUUCGGAUUGUCUGACGUUGCCGCCUAUCUCACCGGAAGCUCCUAAAUCGACAAAGAAAAAAAACGAGUUGUCCUUACCAGUUCUGACAGCAGUAAACAAUGGCAAUUAUUCCGCCAGGAAAUCACAAGAGCAAAAUGUUUCAAAGGACGCAGAGGAAGCUUCAACGAUGUAUGACAUUACAAGCGAUAUAGAGGAUAUAGCAGGUUUUCCUGAAAAUAAUGAAGAUGCGAUCGAUAUAAAGCAGGAACCUAACAGUAAUCAUCAGGAUUUGUUAAUAUCGGACGUAAAAUUUAUCAAUGAAAAAGGAUGUGAAAAGAACGAAGAUGUAGACAAAAUUUUUGAUAAGAAAUACGAAAGUCUCGAGGAGUUUGAGGAAUUAGAGAAAUUGGAAGAAGGCAGAAAGUCGGAGGAAAUCUUCAUAGAUAGUUUAAAUGUUACACCGGAAGUAGCUGACGUACCACUAAGACCAGACUCGUUGGAACCUGAUGAAGAGGUUAAACUUGAAGAUGAUUAUGCGGAUCCUGCACAAGAGAAUGCUUUCGAUAGGUUGAAAGAUAAAUUGAUUGAGAUCGAAAUGGCGGAACGCAGUAUUGAAAAAGCGUUGGCUUGCCAGGUUGCGACGUGUGACAUUAGCGAAAUGACGAGCCAAGCGGAAAAGUCGGUAACUGAUGGAAAGAUAAAUGAAGCAGGAGAGCCGACUAAUGAGGCGGAAGAAACUGUGAAUGAGAUACGAAAGUCUAUGGACGCGGCAAAAAUACCAAUAAAUAAUAAAGAUGAUGAGGAAAGGAAAAAGAAUAUUGAUGAUGAAGAAAGAAAAUCGAUAAAUGAUAUAGAAAAGAUAAAAGAUGUAGCAGAAAUAUCAAAUAAAACAGAAGAUUUAAAUAUAAAAGAUAAAUUAACAAAUGAACCAGAAAAAAUAGAAAGUGAAAUAAAGGAAUCGACUAAUAAAACGGAAAAUUUAAUAAAUAAAUUAGAAGCAAAUGGAAUUAAAAAGUUGAUGGAGGAAAAUGAAGCACAAAGUUUGAAAAAUACAGUAAGAAUAUCAAAGAACGAAGCAGAAAAGAUAAUUAACCAAACGGAGAUAAAGGUAGCAGAAAAUACGACGAAAGCACAAGAUGAGAGAUCGAUAGAUAAAACUGAAAAAUUGAAUAAAAAAUUAUCAAAUGGCGUAGAAGAAUCAGUUAAGAUUCAUGUAAAAAAUGUGCAAUCCAUAAACGCAAGAUCGCUAGAUAAAGAUUCUCAGAUUACUGAAGUAGUCGAAACAGACGAUAAUAAUACAACGACAUCAGAAACAAAAUCUGAAAAUGCGACGAAUGAAUUUUCUCAAAGCACAACUUCUGAAAAUACUGCGACCACGAGCGAAAGCUCGAUAACGAAUCUUCCCAAUAAGAAUAGUCAAAUGAAAGCACGGAAGAAACGCGAAAGCGAUAAAUUACCAAUGAUAACGCCGCUUUCUUUAGAACUCCCGUAUUCUUACGUUCUUAGCGAAGGUUCCCCUUGUGAGAUUCCUGAUUCCGUGACGACUGUGAUUAUUCCGGACAAGUUGUAUCUUUCUCCCGUUACUCUGAAGGACGAGGAUUAUCAGCUUGAAUCGACAAAUCAAAAAGAGAAAUCACUUACACAUUUCAAUACGGAGAUUUCCAAAGACGAAAGGCAGGAUAAGGAUCAGCAAGGAUAUGACAUGGAAAUUUUUGGGGAAUAUAUUCGACCAGAAGCCACCAUUCUGUCCAUUGAUACUGAUUUUGUACGUAGCGUGAAAGAAAUAAAAUCGAGUCAAGACAUAGUGAUCGUCCAUCAGGACUUGAAUAAAAUUAAAGAAGAAGGUGAAGAAGAAGUUGUAAAAGAAGAUGAUGAACGAAAAAAAACAGAGAGCCAUCAAGAAAAGGAAAAUGAUAAAGAAAAAAAUGUAAAAGAGGAAGAAAUGACAAAGCUUGCGACACUGGAAAAUAUCAUGGAGCACGAAGAAACUAAUAUAAAGACGAUUGAAUCCAAAGAUACUGAGGAAAUUUCUUCUGGCGUUCUUGAAUAUGAAUCUUUAUCUGAUAUCAAAGAUUUAAUGAUUGAUACUGUUUUGACAAACGAAGGAACAGCAGAGUUCGCAACUGAAUCCAAAAGCCUAUUGGAAAAUUCAUCGGAAGAAAACGGAAAUACGCAGAAUACCCACUCGACUACGAGUGACAUUAAGGAAAGCACUACGAGCAAUCAAUCGAUUGAGAGUCCAAGUCCGGACAGACCAGUAGUACCAGAAUUAAAUCUGGAUUCACUUCAGGAUAACACGGUGUCAUCUUUCAAGAUAAACGAAAUAGAGAAGGAAGACAGAGAAAGCGACACUACGAUCUCCUUGGUCGAGCCAUUGAUUUCGGAUGAGAGGUUAAUGAAUCGGUUGGCCGAUCAUGAAAAAAUUAUUACUGAAGGAUUGACAGAGAGAGGUUUGCAGUCAGAGAUUCCAGAGGCUGAUCAAUUGUAUCAUGCAGAACAUAUGGAGUACAAAUGGUUGAAGAAGGAUCCGUUAUCUACGGAAAUGAACUUGGAAGAUGAAACGAAAUCUCAAGAGAAAAAUAUUGAUUUGAAGACGACUUUACCGGAAGACGCUAUACAAGUCAAUUUGGUUUCACAAGAAAAAGCGGAGACAGAGGAAUUAGGAAGCGAGGAAGAAAUCGCGAGAGAAUUGAUAGAUUUAUUGAAUAAAGAUAUACAAUUUCGCGCUGAAGAAUUGAAUUUGAAAAAAGAAUCUAUAGAUAAUGGAGAAUCUGAGAAAAGUAAUUUAGAAAUAGAUGAAUCCAAUCAACCGUUGUCAACAUCUAUGUAUUCGAUAUUAACUGAACAAGAAAAGAAGGAAUAUGAAGAUUCUUUUCAUGAAACACAUGAAAUAGUAAGGACUGAAAUGAUUAGUGAAUUAUCAGAUGACAUAACGGAUAUCAGUCAAGAUAAAGAUAAAAACAAUGCGAUAAUAGGUAAUGAAUCUGAAAAAAUUAAAUUAGAAAUGAUAAAAAAAGCACAUAUAGAGGAGUCGCAUAUUGCACCUUUAGCACAAUUUGAACAAGAUGAAAUAUUGGAAGACAAUAGUAAUUCUGAGAUAGCUAAUGAAAAUAUUACAGUUAAAAGUAAACUUGAUAAUAUUAAUGCUGAUCAUAUCAAUAUUCAGGAAAAACUUGAAGACAAACAAACGAGUAUGGAUGUUCCAGAUAGCCAAAGUAGCGACAGUGAAAUUAAAAAACCGAAAGCAGAAAAUAUAAAGCAGGAAGAAAAUGAACAAAAAGAGUUACAAAGUCAGAAUAAACAUGAACAAGAAAAAUUAGAUGUUGAAGAAGAAAUCGAUCAAGAAAAAUUAAAAAUUCAAAGUAAAGAUGAUCAAGAAAAUAUAAAGAUAGAGGAAAAAAUUGUAAAUAUGACAUCUCCUUUAGAAAUAGUAGAAUCAAGGAAAGAUUCAAUAAAUGAAUCGAUGAAAAAUGACGAUGGAAAUGAGGACAUUAAAUCAAAUAAUAAAUCUAUUAUUGACGACGAUCAAACAGGAAAAGAUAUGGAAAAUGAGAAGGAAGAGAAAAGUGAAGACCUUUCAGAGAAGGUAGAGAGCGUCCAUGGACCAAUUAUGAGCGCAAUAUCAGAACAAUCGACAGAAAAUCAUUCUCGCUUUGGAUAUUGGACUAUGGAAACGAAAUCAUCGACUGUGGAAACAGUAAUUGAAGCUUCAGAUUCUAAUGCGAGUACAGAGAAGAUUGUUGCUGAUGAGUCAGAAAUCAUCGCGGACGAAUCGCUUAUUCAGAAAAAAGACUUAGCAGCAGUUGUAAAAAUUCAAGCUUGUAUCCGAGGAUUUUUAACGCGUCGUCGCAUGCGAAGAAAUACGAGCUUAGAAUUUCCUUCUAAUCUUCCAUCGACGCAGAAGAUUACGAGCGAUCAUCUGAUACCGCAGGAUACUUCGAAUUUGCGAGAAGCCAGACGUCUUCGACGAGAAGAAGCUCUGCGCAAUACAACACUCUCGUUAGAGAAUGCCUUUGCAACAGGUCGACUUCAACAUACAGGCGAAUUUCACGAUUCUAUGCCGUUGCUUCCUUUCGAUCUGCUAAAUAGUAAAACUGAUUCAGUCACCUCAAACGAUUCUUUGGCUGAAGAAGUUGAUAUUAAAGAAGAUAAUAUAUCUGAUAAUGCAAAAUCUAGUGCCAAUGAAAGUGAUACCGUUCGCGAACAUCGGACUACUUUCCACAAAGGCAACACCUUCGUUGAUCCCACCUUUCCAAUCGUGAUGCAUCUGCUGGCGGAUGCAUCCCGCAAUUGCCACUUCACGGUCAGUCAAAAUUCCCAUUCAAAUUUUAAUGCAAAUGCUAGAGGAAUCAAACCCAUGGAACCGACUGUGGAUAUUGUGAUGCUGGGUUAUCCGAGAGACAAUGAGAAUCAAUACCUGAAUUUCAUAACCAGCGUCGAAGAUGAUCUGAAUUCCAAUAUGGAUUCCUUGACUCUGCACGAUGUGAAAAGCACAAAGAACAUCAGCGAUGUCCAUCCUUCAACGAUCUCCGGCGAGGGUAGUCUUAAGGAACCCUUGGCCCUUCCAGGAGUUUCUCAAGGUGUCGUGAUCGAAGAGGUGGCCAGCUUAGACGAAGUUGUCCCAUCGGAGUCGACGAAACCGUCGACCGCACCGAAGACCUCGCUGGAUACAAAUAGCUCAAUGCCAUCUGAGGAAUGUGCCCUCGAGGACGCGAAGAAUGAUUUAGGGAUAUCUCCGAGAACUACGGGUACAACGGAAGACCGGAAACAAGAAGCUGAAGGACAAGAGUCUGAUCGCAACCUUGAGAGUGUUGAAGACAGCGAUUUACACAGCGACGAUGCAAAUAAAAAUUUUAACGAGUUCUCUGGCAAUAGCCGUGAGCACAGGGAAGAAGAGAAGGAUAAAACGUGAAUAUAUUCAUGAAUCAUGUAUUCGUGGAGACGUGUAGGUUGACAUGAGCAGGAGGUCGCGAAUUGUAUGAUCGGCCAUUUAAUUCCUCCCGUUAAAAUCGUUAGGAAUUUGCAAGACAUGAUUGUUGUGACAAUGAUUGUUAGAAUUCCAUUAAGAUAUUUUGCAA